AUGCGUUAUUUUGGUCCUUUUUCCGUCAUUGCUCGAAUAGGUAAGGUAGCCUACAAGCUGGAACUCCCCAAUACAGCCCGAAUCCACCCUGUCUUCCACAUAUCUCUGCUCAAGAAGUGUGAAGGAGUCCCAUCACCAGCUACCAUCCCUUCUCCGCUGCUAGUAGAUGAGAAGGGCUAUCAAUUACAACCUCAGACAACCUUGGGGCAUCGGAUGAUAAAAAAAGAUGGCAAGUGGAUUGAAGAAGUUCUCAUUAAGUGGCAAAAUACCUUGGGAGAGGAGGCAACGUGGGAACCCUAUGAAGAAAUGAAGACACAAUAUCCUAAUUUUGACCUUGAGGACAAGGUCCAUUUCAAUGGAGGGGGUAAUGUUACAAGUGAGAGAGAGAAAACCGUUAGAAAAAAAGGAGAGCAACAGAAAGGGGAUCUAACAAACUUUCACAUGGAAGGAGAGGAGUGA